GGGUGGGAGGUGUCAUCGCCAGCCAAGGGCUUAUAGGGACCACGAGGAACAGGAAACUCUGUCACAGCCGGUGCAGGAGCUGAGGAGUGCCAGCUCUCCCUGCACAUCUCAUUCCAGGUCUGAACGCUUACGAUGGACCCUCAGAGCACCCCCCCUCCUGCCAUUGAAGUCACUCAGCAGCUCCUGGGCAACUCCUGCUGUCAGAUCCACGAUGGGUUCCUCUCAGUGACACUGCCUGUGAUGUACUCACUGAUCUUUGCCAUUGGGCUGCUCAGCAAUGUGCUGGCACUCUGGGUGUUUUCAUUCAGCAUACAGCGCCAGACCUCCAUCACUGUGUACAUGAGGAACCUGGCCCUCUCCGACCUCCUGCUGGCCCUCUGCCUGCCCUUCCGCAUCGCCUUCCAGGACAGGAGUGAGCCCCGUGUCUUUUGCAAUAUUGUCGGGGCCUUCUUCUACCUCAACAUGUAUGUCAGCAUCACUUUCCUUAGCCUGAUCAGCCUGGACCGCUACCUGAAGAUCAUCCGGCCCCUCCAGAAAUACAGGAUUCACUCCGUGUCCUGCAGCACGUUGGCCUCUGGGAUGGUUUGGGUGGUGAACUUUGCCUUCAUGCUGCCUUUCUUUUUCGAGAAAAGAGGGAAGGGACCCUGUGACCAUAAAUGCUUCCAUUUCAGGAGCAAAAGCACCAUGGCAGCAGCCUUCAACAUGGCCGCAGUAGCCGCCUUCUUCAUCGUGCUGUUGCUCUUCCUCUACUUCUACAGCAAGAUAUUUGCCAAGCUGCACCAGGUCUCCUCAGUGAAGGCCCAGCAGCUGAACAAGAAGACCAGCACGAGAGCCAUCACCAAGACCUUCGUGGUCCUGAUCAUCUUCAUCGUCUGCUUCACCCCGUACCACACUGUCCGCAUCCCUUACAUCCUGGCGCAGAUCGAGGCCAUUUCCAGCCUGCCCUGGAAGCAAGGUCUGCACCUCGCUAACGAGCUCGUGCUCUGCAUCUCAGCCCUCAACAGCUGCCUCGACCCCAUUAUCUUCUUCUUCUUGUCCAGCAGUUUCCGCAGGGCCGUGCUCUGCACCAUCCAGGGCAGGCUGAAGGGAGCCCUGCUGAGCAACCAGGGCAGGCUGACCCCCAGCAGGUCUGUGACAGAAUUGUAGGGUCAAGGUCCAGAAAAUGGGAUUUCCUCAUCGCAGCUUGGCUCUGGACACUGGUAUUUAUGGGACAAGGCUUGCUGGGAAGAUGGAACCACUCCGUGAGACAUGGCUUAGUGGGCAUGGUGUGAUGGGUCAGGGUUGGGCCUGACAAUUCACUGAGGUCUUUUCCAGCCAUAAUGAUUCCACGACUCUACGAUUCAUGUAACACCACCAGGGUCAGAGCCUCCAUGGGAGUAAACAAGGAGGAAAGGACAGCUGGGACCUUCUUUGUUCCUACCUCAGCUGGCAUAGCUGAAGAGCAUAUUUUUGAGCACGAAUGAAGCUGUAAGUGCCAAAAGGAAAUUUGGCCUUGGCCUGGGGACCCCAGGCAGCCCAGAGAGCAGGAGCAGAGCUGCAGGCAGAGCUGGGCUCCUUUGAAGACAGGAGAGGAGAGGAGAG